GUGGGGACAACAUGCAACAUGGCCAUGAACGCGCCGAACACAUCGUCGAGGCGCAAAGAAGUUAUUGAUUUAACUAGUGAUAAUGACGAUGAAGAAAGUGAUGUUGUUACUCGAGAUAAAUCCAGUCUACAACUACCCUUGAAACGGCUAGGCCAUCGUUCAAACUCAAUUAAUGGCUACCAUUCGAAAGUCAAGACAAACGGACCGUCCAUCUCCAACACACCACAACAUGUUCAACCUUCACCAUCCUUACCCUCGCCUUUCUCCAUCCAAGCCCAGGAACAUCCGACAAAGCGGCGGAAGAUACAACACGGGAGUAGUCGCCAGCCAGCCUUGCCUUCUCCCUCGCCCUCGACAGACACUAAAGCCUUAACGAGAUGUUUACAAAACCAAGUGUUCCCACACCUCGAACGUGCCGUGAAGAAACUUGAUAAAAACAUCUACGAUGUCGAGAAGCUCGGUGGGAAGAUCAUUGGUAGGGUUGCCAACCAGCAAUUUGAACGUCAUUUUCACGAUGGCAAUGGCAAGUUGGCACCGGACAUCGAAGCCUCCGUGAUAGUCCAGAUUCACGGACUGGUAGCAGAGUUCAUAAAGGGAAAUGAAUUUCGACGUGACCUUGCUCCUCCGAUACCACCAUCACCAUCAUUACCUCCAAACCCCGUAUUCGAACCCAAAGCACCUAUUAUGACAUCAGUUAUACCUUCUAUUGAGAACCCGGUAGACGAAUCUCCGCCUCAUUAUGAUGAUGAAUAUGAGGGAGAUGGCGGAAAAGAAAGCUCGAGAAAUGGUCCGAAGCCUGAGGAAUCAACCCGACAGCAAGUCUGGACGCCGCCCCGAAUCCUGCCGAAGAAGAAGCCACCACUUUCACCUCAACAGCAACGAACGAGAAUAAAGGCAACACAGUGGCAGUCAGGUAGAAGCUAUGAAUUCAAAAGGGACAGGUCGCCAGCACACAUGGAGAAUCGGUGGUUUGGUCUACUUUCAAGGCCGUAUCUACCCGCCGAGGAACGGCGCUUAAUCACGAGGGGCGUAAGCAGAGGCCGGGGAUACCGUAUUGGGAACGAGCAACUACGCCAACCAAGUGUGUAUCAUGUCGACUUCAGCGACGGAGAAGUUAAAUACCUUAGAUAUCUCGCAAGAUCGUUAUACGGCAGACCAGCUCGGGGCCAGAGAUCAGACUCGGAGGACCUACGUCGUCUACUGAAGAAAUCCGGCGCCGAUGCUUUAAUAGCUCGUAUUACCGACGUUCAUCGUCACCGAUAUACCAAUUUUCAAGAUCCUCCUCUAUUCCUGCUACAGCGUUCCCCAGAUGAUAUCAAGAAUUUUUUGCAUGACCUUCACCAUAAACAUGUUGACGAGGAGAAGAAAUCGUUAUUUCUCGAGCGAGACGAUGCGAAUUCCCAAUUUGAUGUCGCGAGGACAGCAGCAGUGCCAUCGCUGUUAUUGGCAAGAGAGAUCGUCGGCAACCGCCUCGGGGCUACUAGACGCUACGUAAACUUCAAUACAGCGUUAAAGAGUAAUAGGGAGGACUAUCUCGAGCCAAAGGUCGAAUGGACAAACUGUGCUGGCGAUAUCAUGACUAUUGCCUGGACUCCGGAUUCCACCCGCUUCAUUUGUGGCACUACCACACACUCGGAUUCGCACAACCAGCAGUACAACAAACCCGGAAAUCUUCUAUUUGGCUCUGUGGCCGAGAACACCCUACAAGCGUAUCCUGAUCACCGAAUCCCUCGCCCUCUCGUCGAACAUGGCGAUAAUUCUUUGCCGUCAAUGAGGGAGUCACAAGAUCCUUGGCUCUACACCUCGGUCGUCUCAUCAGACUAUGAUCCCACGACAGGCUGGCUCUUCACUUCAAGCUUCGACCACACAGUCAGGGUUUGGUGCCCUUCUGAGACGAAUAAAAGCGGUGUAACCCUUCGGCAUACAUGGGGGCACGAGGGACGCGUCAAUUUUGUAGUAACGAACAAAAACAAAGCCAUCAGCAAAGUAGCUACAGCUGCUGAUAUCCCUGAGAAUGCGGUACGAGUCUACCAUGCAUCAUUAGAUGGUGAGACCCUCUUGGGAUAUGACUAUAAUGAGUUUACUUGCAAACGGGUCCACGGUGAAGACUAUGUACCUUCAGACAAAUGGGCAUACUUUCCGUCAGCGAUCCGCUGGGGGGUAGAAUCAAGCGUGAACCACCUUCUGCUAGUCGGCUAUUCUCCACGAAGCCUUAACGGUGAUGACAACGACAUCCCAGAAGAUAAGCAUAAAACCGGGGAGCUGUGCCUCUGGGAUACGAACACAAAUACCGAGGUUAAAGUAAACAGCGCUGCCACGUCGAACGUCUUCGAGGUCGUGUGGCACCCUUCUCGGCCGAGUUUCGCCGUGGCAACUUCGGCCUCCCAGACUUCGGAAAAGAUUGAGGAACAUAUCCGAACUCAGAUUCGUCUUUUCGAGCUAAACGAGACCGGGCAGUACGGCGUGGUGAAGACGCUUGACUGUCCUGCGAUUGAUAUCAACGAGAUCACGAUCAGGCCUAACAGCAUUUUAUAUUCGUAUCUCGCUGCCGGUUGUACUGAUGGCAAAGUCUACAUCUGGGACUCGGCGAGGAGUGAGGACGACGACCCUAUCUGCGUCCUCAAACAUGGCGACCCAGUUGAAGAACUCAUCGGAGACCGAGAACAAGAAGACGUAGGAGUCAAAUUUACAGCAUGGGCCACAACAACCGACCGACUAUAUACCGGCUCAUCCGACGGUGUUGUCAAAGUGUGGAACAUACGACACGGAAAGGGGGUCCUAGUGAGAGAUCUCAUCGAAGUAGCCGCGCCCAUCACAGCCGGCGCUUUCUCGCCGGACUUCAAUAAACUACUCAUCGGAGAUGGCAGCGGACGCGUCUACCUCAUGGACGUAGACAGCGACAAGGAGGACGGGCAACCUCAGAACCAGAAUAAUCCAGCCUCCGUCUCGUCGGCCUUCUUCAACCUACAGUUCGGCGGGCAACAACGCGCCAUCCGUCGCCCCCGCCCAUUCAUUCCUCACCCCACACCCCCUCCCCCAGAUUCGGCCGGGGGACACGAAGACCUCGAGUCAGAAGCCCAGGUCGGACAGCAGCUAGCCAAAAAAUACCUACACAAGUCGCAGCUCGUCCUCCACCCCAACCCCACCAUCGGCGCCGUCCAAGGUCCCCGGUACGUCGAAACGAACCUCUUCCGCGCCGAAGCGCAUCUCGACGGAAACACUGAGGCGCCGCUUCUAGCUACCUUCGAGGCCCAGCAGCGGGCGAACCACGCGUUUUCGAGGAAAACCCGGUUCGCGAAGCAGAGGGGGGAGAACUUGGUUAUUGGGGAUGGUGCAAGGUAUGCGCAUAGCAGGAAUUUGUCGAGGGAUGGGGAGGGGAGGUUGGAUGGGCUGACGAGGAGGGUGUUGGAGCGGGAGGGGGCGGAGGUUGAGGUUGAUUGGAGGGAUUUGGAUUAUGAGGAUGAUUGAGGGUGUGAGAGAGAUUGUGAGUAGAAGUACAAAGAUGUGUGAGAGGGUAAAGGGGGAGACAAUGGGAUUAUUAGUCAGUUUAUACUUGUUAUAGCUGUUACUGUAGUUUGACUUAGGGAGAAUAAAGAAAAAUAGAUACGUAUCAUUAAGUCACGGCGUGUUGUUACUUUGUGUUGGAAAUGUGUCAGGGCUUAUAAUUAUACGUUAUGGAUAAUGUUUUGAGCUUUUACUGUUGUUGUUGUAUAUAUGCCAAAGCUAUGAGAAUGUGAUAUGUAAAUG